CUGCUGCUCUUGCAGGCGUGCCCGGCCGCCGUGUCGGCCCAGAAGCUGGACGAGAGCGACCCGGUGGUCGCCACCGCGUACGGCAGGCUGCGCGGCAUCAAGAAGGAACUCAACAACGAGAUCCUGGGCCCCGUGGUGCAGUUCCUGGGCGUGCCCUACGCCGCGCCGCCCACCGGCGAGCGCCGCUUCCAGCCACCCGAGCCGCCAGCGCUGUGGCCGGAGGUGCGCAACGCCACGCGGUUUGCGCCGGUGUGUCCCCAGAGCAUCGUGGAGGGCCGCCUGCCGGACGUCAUGCUGCCCGUGUGGUUCACCAACAGCAUGGACGUGGUGUCCUCCUUCGUCCAGGACCAGAGCGAGGACUGCCUGUAUCUCAACAUCUACGUCCCCACGGAGGAUGGUCCCCUUACAAAGAAACACACUGAUGAUUUAGGUGAUAGUGAACGCACGGAUGACGAAGACAUUAGGGAGAGUGGAAGCCCCAAGCCGGUGAUGGUUUUCAUCCAUGGGGGCUCCUACAUGGAAGGCACUGGGAAUAUGUUCGACGGCAGUAUCCUGGCCAGCUACGGGAAUGUGAUUGUGAUCACGGUCAACUACCGGCUGGGCGUCCUAGGCUUCCUCAGCACUGGCGAUCAAGCAGCCAAAGGGAAUUACGGCUUGCUGGACCAGAUCCAGGCCCUGCGCUGGACCAGUGAGAACAUAGCAGCCUUCGGCGGCGACCCGCUGCGAAUCACGGUGUUCGGCUCGGGCGCCGGCGCUUCCUGCGUGAACCUGCUCACGCUGUCCCACUACUCCGAGGGCAACCGCUGGAGCAACUCCACAAAAGGUCUUUUCCAGAGAGCCAUCGCCCAGAGCGGGACGGCUCUGUCCAGCUGGGCCGUCAGUUUCCAGCCGGCCAAGUACGCCCGGAUGCUGGCCAGGAAGGUGGGCUGCAACCUGGAGGACACCGUGGAGCUGGUGCUGUGCCUGCAGAGGAAACACUACAAAGAGCUCGUGGAUCAGGACAUCCAGCCAGCCCGCUACCACAUCGCCUUCGGCCCCGUUAUCGAUGGGGAUGUUAUACCUGACGACCCUCAAAUACUGAUGGAGCAAGGCGAAUUCCUCAACUACGACAUAAUGCUGGGAGUGAACCAAGGCGAGGGCCUGAAGUUUGUGGAGCUCAUCGUGGACAACGAAAACGGCGUCCAGGCUAACGACUUCGACUAUGCCGUGUCCAGCUUUGUGGACGACCUGUAUGGCUACCCAGAGGGCAAAGACAUCCUCAGGGAGACCAUCAAGUUUAUGUACACUGACUGGGCAGACAGGCACAACCCCGAAACCCGCCGGAAGACGCUGCUCGCCCUUUUCACCGAUCACCAGUGGGUGGCACCGGCCGUUGCCACGGCGGACCUGCACUCCAGUUUCGGCUCGCCAACCUACUUCUAUGCCUUCUAUCAUCACUGUCAGACGGAACAGGUUCCUCCGUGGGCGGACGCAGCGCACGGAGACGAGAUCCCAUACGUGUUCGGCCUGCCCAUGAUCGGCCCGACGGAGCUGUUCCCCUGUAACUUCUCCAAGAACGACGUGAUGCUCAGCGCCGUGGUCAUGACCUACUGGACCAACUUCGCCAAGACGGGGGACCCGAACCAGCCUGUUCCCCAGGACACCAAGUUCAUCCACACCAAGCCCAAUCGGUUUGAGGAAGUGGCGUGGACGCGCUACAAUCAGAAAGACCAGCUUUACCUGCACAUUGGCUUGAAGCCUCGCGUGAAAGAGCACUACCGCGCUAACAAGGUCAACUUGUGGCUGGAACUGGUUCCUCACCUACACAGCCUCAAUGAGGUGACCCAGCUCAUCCCCACCACCACCAAGAUCCCUCCACCAGAGGUUACCAACCGCACACCAAAGACCAAAGUUAUGGUGACCAAGCGACCGAACCCAACUCCGUUUCCAACCGAGACCCAGGACAGCCACAACCAGCCCCGCCUGGUGGACCAGCGCGACUACUCCACCGAGCUCUCGGUGACCAUCGCCGUGGGAGCGUCCCUUCUUUUCCUCAACAUCCUGGCCUUCGCCGCCCUCUACUAUAAAAAGGACAAGCGCCGACACGACGUCCACCGCCGCUGCAGCCCCCAGCGGAGCGCCGCCAACGACCUGGCCCACACUCAGGAGGAGGAGAUCAUGUCCCUGCAGAUGAAGCAGCAUUCGGACCUGGACCGGGACUGCAGAGGGGUGGGGGACUCUCUGCACCCGCAUGACGUGGUGCUGAGGACUGCCUGCCCACCGGACUACACUCUGGCCAUGAGGCGCUCUCCGGACGACAUCCCGCUCAUGACGCCAAACACCAUAACCAUGAUCCCCAGCACCAUGGGAGGGCUCACCUCGCUCCACUCUUUCAACACCUUCCCCAGCAGUGGGCAGAACAACACCUUGCCCCACGCGCACCCACACUCACACUCCACCACCCGGGUAUAGCCUCACGGACGCAUCCACUGCAGGCAGGGACUCUGUCGGCGGAGGCCAAGAGCUAACAUCGCUGCUGGAGCAGAGACUUGAGGCCCACCUGCUGACAAACCACAGAUAUACGUUAGUAAAAGCCAGCCUGAAGUCGCCGGAUACUAAUGGAAUUACGCUGGGAUUGUACGACGACGUGUUCAUACCCGAGGGAAUACAGUCAAGGGUUUGGACCGGAUUGGGGAA